AUGCAAUCUUCCGAAUCAAAUAAUACAAAUAAUGAUGAUAAGUCAUUAAAAACUCGAGAACAGAAUCAAAUCAUAACGAAGGUGAAUGAACCUAUUCUUGAGACUUUGUCUAAAACCCCAUAUCCGGUUUGGUCAAUGGCAACGUUAUGUUUAGGUUCGUCAGGAAUCAUGGCAAGGAAUUAUCCUGGGAUGCCUUCAAUGUGGACAUGUUUAGGUUUUAGUUUAAUAUUUUCUUUUUCGGGGUAUAUGACCUAUACGGGUGAUUUUUAUAAUGGGGCAGGAACUUCAACAUCUUGGUCAUUGAUAUAUAGUUUAUUUAAUGUUGAAAGAUCCUUUAAAUCAAGGAAACCUUUGCCUAUUUUAAUGUCUUCGCUCGCGUUAUCUAACGCUUAUAUUUAUGGAAAAUAUUAUUUCUUUUAA